UUUCGUUCCGAUUGAUGAGAGCAUGUGAAGCCACUAGAUGAGUCAGGUCUCUUUGGUUUCGCACUGCGCAGCACUAUCAAAGCCAAGAGUCCGUCACGAACGUCGUCUUCGUCUCCACCGAUUCUUCACAUUUGGCUUCGUAUGAUUAGGGUUUGAAGGAGGUGAUUGUGGUGUCUUUGUUCGUGGUUUUGUUUCACUGUAAGUUAGAGAAUUGGCUCCAGUUGAUUUUCCUAGGGUUUUCACAAAUGUCGGAAGCUUCGAGACGGAGUAGGGUUACUAUAACUCUAGGGCGUAGCGGUCAGGUGGUGAAUCGAGCUGCAAGUGAUUUAGAUGAUGGUUAUGAGUUGCCUAGAGUUGGGACUAAGCGGUCUGUCAAAGAAAGAUUAGGGAAUCAGUUAGAUAGUUCUGUUUAUGGUGGAGAAGAGGUGGUCAGUAAAAGGCAAAGAGGGGAAGCAAGUUUGAGUGGAAAUGAUUUGCAGAUCAGUCAAAAUGAUCUCCGAUUCAAACUGAUGCAAAAGAAUGCCCAGAGACGAGCUCAGAGCGAUGAAGGCAGCACUAUGGAUCUUCGCGAAAAGCUCUCAAGGAAUGAGCAGCCUCCUCGUAGCCUUGAUAUUAGACCUCGUAUGGCUGAGCCGAGGGAUCUUCCUUUACCUUCAUCAAGAACUGCUCGUGGUUCCUCUCAGAUGAUUUCAUCACGUAGUUCGCAUCCUGCAUGGGCUCUGGAUGAUUUACGACGAAGGGGUUCUCCUCCACGUAGUAACAUUGAGGAUUUUCAUGGCCGAAGCAGGAUGCUUGAUGAUAUGAGUGCAUCGCCAUAUCCUGUUAGAGGUGUACUAAAUGGUCAAGCGCCAUCAAGUGGUGCUCCUUUCGCCAGGCCAAUGUUACCUCCUCCAGUCCCAAACCAACAUCCAUUGCCUCCAUUGAGCCAGCUUCCUCCACUUGGAAGUAUGAUGCAGACCAGUCCCUUCUCUGUGGAAGAGCCUCUAUCAGUUGAUGGCUUUCUAAAUUCAAUUGGACUUGGAAAAUACUCCCUUGCCUUUAAGAGAGAGGAAGUGGAUAUGACCACAAUAAAGCAGAUGAAAGAAAGUGAUCUAAAAGAUCUCAUCAUACCAAUGGGUCCAAGGAAGAAGAUUCUUCAGGCUAUAGCGUCUCUUCCAACAAGGUAGCGAUGACAAGACGGGUUUGGCCUCUCGCUGCUUCUCACUCUUUUUUGGUCUUGUUAGCAUCUAUGCGGAUCGAAAUUAUGAUAACUUUUUGAGAUCCAACCCGAAACUUUUCUCUCCGGAUGAUUGUAGGCAGCAGAACUUUCUUUUGUAAUUCUUCUCUGUUAUGGAUUUUUUUUCAUUUUCCUGAUAUACAAUUUGUUAACCCAAGCAGCCUAAUUGUGAAAUGCGACGGUGUUUUGGUGUAAUCCAAACACUCUUUUGGUUGGGAUAUAAAUAAAUCACUAAUCUCAAC